AUGGCCAAAAAAUGGUUGUCAAGAGCUAGACAAAGUCACGAAUUGGUACCAAGCAGCGAAGAGCCCCAACAACAACAGAGCCUUCAACCUACUGAGAAUAAAACCUUGAGAGAAGGAACACAAAAAAGUGAUGCGAAUGGGGAUGAUGCUUUAUUGCACGAUUCGCACCCUCAAAAAGGCAAACGAAAACUUUCUGUAUUGGGGCAUGAACUUUUUGAUAGAGGACAGUGGAGUGGUCAAUUUGACUUUCUAAUGAGCAUGAUUGCAUAUGCUGUUGGAUUAGGCAAUGUUUGGCGAUUCCCCUAUUUAUGCUUUAAAAAUGGAGGAGGCUCUUUUCUUGUUGUUUAUGCCUUGUUUUUUGUAUUUGGUGCCGUGCCUAUUUUUAUUAUGGAAGUGACAGUCGGCCAAUACUUACAAAGGGGUGCUAUGGAAAUGUGGAAAAUGUGUCCUAUUUUUAAAGGUGUUGGAAUCGGCAAUGUUGUGAUUGCUUUUAUGUGUAUUGCCUAUUUUUGUGUUAUUGUCUCUUGGGCAACUUUUUAUAUGAUUAGUUCAUUUAACUCUACAUUUCCCUGGGAAACUUGCAACAAUUAUUGGAAUAACGGCCAGUGUGUUACAGGCAAAGAAUCCACUUCAGAAAUUAUGCGGAUUACUUCUAAUCUUUCCCGCUAUGGUUUAAGCAUCGAAAGUUCCGUUGAGCAGUAUUGGGAACGCCGUGUUCUCAAACAAACAGCAACAAUUUCUGACAUUGGAGGUAUUCAAUGGGAAUUGCUUGGAUUAAUGUUCCUUUCAUGGGUGAUAGUCUAUUUUGCUUUAUGGAAGGGGAUAACGCAAGCAAGGAAGUUUGUCUAUUUCUGUGCGAUAUUCCCCUAUUUUCUUAUUGUUGUGUUGCUUAUACGAGGACUGACUUUGCCUGGUGCUAUGACUGGCAUUUCUUUUUAUUUGACUCCGAAUCUCACAAAAUUGACUGAAACUACUGUUUGGAAGGAUGCUGGCACUCAAGUAUUUUAUAGUUAUGGAGUUGGCUUUGGAACACUCAUUGCACUAGGAUCCCACAACAAAUUUACUCAUAAUUGUUAUCGGGAUGCUAUAGUUAUGUGCUUUAUUAAUGGAAUGACCUCAAUCCUUGCUGGAUUUGCUAUUUUCUCAAUCCUGGGAUUUAUGUCGACGGUGGCUGCUAAACCUAUAGCAGAGAUUGUUAAACCUGGUGUUGGUCUUGCCUUUCUAGCUUACCCAGAAGUGGCAAGCAACUUGCCUUUGAAACAACUAUGGGCAUUUCUCUUCUUUCUAAUGAUUACAAUUCUAGGCCUGGACAGCCAAGUGUGUAUGCUCGAAGGUUUAUUUACUGCAUUAGAAGACACAUUCCCUACACUUUUACGAAAAUACAAAAAAAUAUCCCUCUUACUUACUUGCCUUUUCUUUUUUAUAAUUGGAAUUCCUAUGGUCACAUAUGCCGGUGCUCACUGGCUUACGUUGGUAGAUGCAUAUGGGGCUUCUGGCAUUGCUCUACUUUUUGUAGUUUUCUUUGAGGUGGUUGGACUUGCCUGGGGAUUUGGUACUCAUCGCGUCCGGAAAGCUCUAAAAGAGAUGGUUGGCUUUUAUCCACUAUCUUGCUUCAAUAUUCUAUGGAAGUAUACUGCUCCGCUUAGUGCUCUCAUCCUCUUUGUCUGUUGUCUUGUAAUGUACGAACCUUUGCGUUACCCUACUGGAAAGAAUUAUCCUUAUUGGGCAGAAGCUUUUGGCUUUUGCCUUUCUGCGUGUUCCAUGGUUGUUAUUCCUGGCUAUGCUUUAUAUUAUAUUUUCCAUAGAGGGGAUAAUCUGACACCUUUAGAGAGGUUUCGCCGUGGAAUCCAUCCUCCCAAUGAACUGGAAAUUACAGCCCAUAGGAGCGGUCAUAACGACGAGGAACUCGAAUUUAUAGAUAAGCCUAGAACGCCGAAGGGCGUCUCGAGUGUUGGCGUUUAA